UCUUCCGAAGAGUCAAUCCCACGCCUCUUACGCCGCCCCUCUCUCACCAACUCACCUAUGAACGAAGCUUGAAACUUCCAUUUGAUUUUGCUCUCAUUCCAAGCUCCACCCACCCCUUCGAUCCCAAGCCCUAUCUCCCACCUCUCCCCACCCCCGUCUCGAUCCGGAUCGCAGCUUCCCUCCUUCCCCUUCGCCAUGGCGUUCUACUCGACGGUCGUGGCGGCGAUCGACGCCUACACGGGCCUCUCCCCCGCAGCCUUCUUCACCAUCCUCGCCCUCAUGUUCGGCGUCUACCGCCUCGUCUCCAGCCUCUUCGUCUACCCCGACGACGCUGCCGCCGAGAAGACCUCGCCGCCCCCGGCCCCGCCGGCGAUGCAGCCGUUUGUUCCGCCCGAGCCGGUCCAGAUGGGGGACAUCACUUUGGAGGAGCUGAAGGCGUACGACGGAUCCGACCCCAAUAAGCCCCUCUUGAUGGCGAUCAAGGGUCAAGUCUACGACGUCUCCAUGGGGAGGUUAUUUUAUGGACCCGGCGGGCCUUAUGCCUUCUUUGCAGGAAAAGAAACAAGUCGGGCCUUGGCUCUUAUGUCCUUUGAUCCCAGUGAUAUCAACAGUAACCUGGAAGAUCUGAGUGAAGCCGAGCUUGAAGUCCUACAUGACUGGGAAGAGAAAUUCAAGGAGAAAUAUGUCAAGGUCGGGCAAAUUGUCCCUGAAAAAUCGAAAGUUGGAGACGAUAAUGAAAGCAGCGAUCAAAUCAAAAGGAACCAGGAUGAGUAGCGACGAAAGCGGUGAGUUUAUCUUAAAUCUUAUAUCCCAGCAGGAAUAUAAGAAGCACAAAAUAAUCAGGCCUUGCAGGUAUAAUACUUGAAGUAACUCACAACGGACUCCCAUGGUAUAUACUGGUUGCAAUAAACUGCUCUUGUAUGGGUGUGGUAUAGUUUGUAAGUUACAUACUUGAUGCUGGAUGUAUGCUCAUUUACCAUUCUCCUUAUGUGUCUUUAUUACCAACAGUUGUCCUCCAUGUAGAUCAAAUGACUGGGUUUUUUCUCCUCUGGAGAAUAGGAGAAACUCUUACACAGCUUUCCUUUA